AUUUAAGCUAUAUAUAUCUAUACAUAUUUUCUACAGUUUACAAAAUUAAAAUCAAACUUUUGCGCCAUGCACAGAAAGCCCCCAAAACUGAACAAUGAGGACAGGCAGAAUUUUGUGGCCACACGGAUGAGUGUGCCGCUCUUUAUGCUCUCACGUAAUCGCAUCAGGGAGGACACACUGCCGCAGGUCAAGGCGCAGUUUAAGUUGGCUGGCAAGCACUACAAUCAGGAUUGCAAGAAGGAGAACCGCGGCGAAGGCGCCAGCAAGGCCACCUUCGAUCACUAUCGCCGCAUUACGGGUUAUGACAAGCAGCCAAAGAAUCCAUUUCCGGAGCGGCGUUCCCUCCGCAUCGAUCGCAACAUGACCACGUGGAAGGACUGGCAGCUGCCGCCGAACCAUUAUGGCGUGCCACCGGUGCCGUACCUCAGCAAGAUGGGCUCCAAGGGCACGCGUUUCGCCAAGCCGCACACAAAUCACAGUCGCGUCUGCAUCAAGCCGCCGCCCUUCAAGUUCUACGACCUGUCAGCGGAGAUUGAGCGACUCUUCAAGCGGGACAAUGUGCAGAAGGGCGUCUUUCUGUCGAAUGCACGCGAUCGUCCAGCCACGACCCGCUUUAUGGUCAGCAGUCAGACUGGCUGCCGGCGUAAUCCUGCUGAUCCGGGGCCGUCUGACACCCACACGAGCAUCUACGAAGUGCAGAAGAACAUGGCACGCGUGAAGAAGUCGGCGCCCCCCAAUCCGCAUCUGUUUCUGCGCCAUUCAUGUGUGCCCACGAAGCCCAGCUUGAUGCUGAGGCGCCACAUCAGCUUCGAGCCGGGGCCGGGGCGUUACAAAAUCCGCAACGCGGGAGCCUGUCCCUGUCCAUCGGGCAAGAUCAGCAAGCCGGGCCUGCAGCUGCUGAUUGAUGAACAGAAGCGAUUAAAGUUCCGACGCCUGCCGUACAAACGCAUCAAGCAGGAACGCUACUGCGAGCCGGAUUGGGCGCAUGUCGAGGGCGGGGGACACAAGCACGUCUUUGUCAUGUCCAAGAAGGACUUGCCGCAGCCGCCGAAGAAGGAUGUGCUGGCCAAGAAGGAGGGCAAGAAGCCGGAGAAGCAGCUCAAUCUCUUUGCCGAUGCCAAGUACAUAAAUAUGGUGAACAAUCCGCUGCACAUUCCCAUCUCGGUGCGCAACUUCCCAGUGCCUCAGUACGUGCCAAAGAUCGUCUACAAUUGCGUGGCCAAGCGCGCGGUGCGUAAGCAGCUGAAAAACAACAAGAAGAUCGCCUUCAACAGCGGCCAGGAGCGCUGGAAGGAUGCGGACCGUCCGCUCCAGCUGACUGCGCGCCAGUUGGAGGCCAUCAAAGAGAGUCUGCCCGAGGAGCGGCGUCUCGUCGAUCACCCCGUGCUGCUGCCCUCUGCACAGAUCACUGGCAAACUGUUCCACGUCCCCGACCACCAGAAGGUCACCUUCAUGCCGAAGCUGCGGAAGCGUCUGUUCAAGUUCCUGCCGAUUCCAGGGGCCAAGGUGUUGGUCACUGACGGGGAUAUACGCCCCAACAUUGUCUUCGAUCCUGAUAAUCCCUCCGGCCUGUUCCGCCGUCCGCUUGACGAGAAGAAGUUCUUCAAGGACUCGGUGCUGAAGCUGCUGGAGGCCAAGAGGAGCACAGGUACCCUGACGACAGCCACGAGCAUGCUGAGCACAGCCUCCCACCAUACAAUUGUUAAUGCCGUGGACGCCGAGGCGGACACAGAAGCCACCGAGACCGCCCAGGCAACCGAUCCCACCGAGGAUCCUGGCAAGCGCUCCGGAACGGUUGUCGUCUUCAAUGAGCAGAAAAACAGGUCCUCAGCUCUUUCGGUUCGUGCUGGGUCCGCCUCCAAGGAGCUAACUCGUGCUGGGUCCGCUUCCAAAGAGCCAGCUCGCGCUGGGUCCGACUCCAAGUGAGCUGCUGGCUCUGCUCCCUACGACGAUUGAGGUCACA